CUUGUUGAAUCCUACCCCACCGGUGUAACUGAUCGCAGUUCGCGUUACAAAUGUCUCUUCUGUCUAUGAAUUUCGAAAUGAUGUAUGUCGUUGUUUUUAAGUGGACACGUUUUUAACCACAAAUAAUGAUUUAUGAAUACGCGCUUGAAUAGUAACUGAAAAAAACGUACUUCCGUUAUUGACUUGUCGUUAAUUACUGGGGCUACAUAGCAACAAUUUGAGGAUACCCAUUUAUUGUUUGUAUAUUUAGUGAAUAGUGAUAUUGAUAUUUUUAUGGCAUAAUUUGUGAUAUGAAUCACUAAAAUUUGAAGUGGGAGAGAUGUAUAUGUAUUUAUAUUUGGGAGUUUAGACAUUAAGAUUAUAGGAACUAUCAUUACUAGCAUAAUAUACAACAUAUAUUCAUUGUUUUACUUGUGAAAGUCAUUUUCAAAAUAUUGAUUUAUUUGCACUGAGCUAGAUAUCAUAAUGUUAGAAGCAGUAAGAAUUAACAUUAAAAAAUUAAAUAUCUAUAUCAAAACUUGUGGAAUCGUGAUGAUUUAGGAGUGGAUAUACUGGAAUGUAUUAAAUUCACGUGAGCUGAUACGAGGUGCGAUCCUUAAAUUUCGGGACUGUGUCUGCUCUGAUCAAACGGUUCACAUGAUUGACAUGCGCGCGCAGCACAAAUUAAUAACAACCUUGAAGACCAUCGACACAAUGUUUCAAAGCGAUACUUCAGUGAAACCUGUGUUACACAAGUUUGUACUAGUACGUGCACGCUCACCUUGGCGAAAUCACGAUGGACUCGAAACUUCAACGGAGAGCAAACAUCAAAUUCUGUGUGAAACUCGGGAAAUCGGCAACCGAAUCCCAUGGAAUGUUGAAACAAGUUUACGGGAAUAAAGCAAUGAGUCGGACAAGAUGUUUUGAGUGACAUUCAUGUUUAAAAAAUGGCAAAACAUAGCUAGACGACGACGAGAGGCUAGGGCGACCACACACGUGCAACACUCCCGAAAACAUCGAAAAAAUUCGAACAAUUGUGCAUAAAGAUCGACCAUCCAACAAAUUGCUGAUAUCGUCAUGAUGUCAUUUGGGGAGGUUCAAAUGAUCCUCACGUCAAUUCUGAACAUGCCACAUUGCUGCCAAAUUCGUGCCCAGGCUUGUCACAAGAACAAAAGGACCACCGUCUCCAAAUCUGUCAAGAUCUCCGUCAGCGGUCACUGGAUGAUCCAGAACUCUUGUCAAGGAUCAUAACCAGUGACGAGAACUGGAUCUACAACAUCUUUUUGUUUUCCAAGAUGAAAUUGAAGCUUAAGGAUCGCCGUUUUAGCACGGUAGAGGAGAUCCAACGCGAAUCGCAGCAGGUGCUUGACACGCUUCAAGAAUAAGACUUCCAGGAGACAUUUGAAAAAUGAUAGAGGCGCUGGGAUCGGUGCAUAGAUGCCCAAGGGGACUACUUUAAAGGUGAUCUUGAGUCUGUGGGAAAAGGAUGACGUAGAAAAAUUGGUCGAAGGCAAAGCUCAUGGCGCGACACCAUUAGUGAUGGCCUGUCGAAACGGACAUUACGACGUGGCUGAAUACCUCAUCGAAAAAUGUGGGGCAAACAUCGAGCAAUCCGGGUCAGUGGUCUUCGAUGGCGAAACCAUAGAAGGCGUGCGACCCUUGUGGUGUGCGGUAGUCGCUGGCCAUUUUGCUCUGGUUAAAUUGCUGGUGCAGAAGGGUGCAGACGUGAACUCAACCACUCACACAAAAUCCACACCUCUACGCGCGGCUUGUUUCGAUGGUUAUUUCGAUAUCGUCAAACUUCUGGUAAAUUAUGGUGCAGACAUCGAGAUGGCGAAUCGUCAUGGCCACACGAAUCUAAUGAUCGCCAGCUACAGAGGCCACGCUCAUAUCGUCAAGUACUUGCUCAGCCUCGAAGCAGACGUUAAUCGGAAAUCCCUGAAGGGUAACACGGCACUUCACGAUUGCGCCGAGGGUGGAUCCCUGGACAUCAUAAAAAUGUUGAUCAAGCACGGCGCACGGAUGGACGCGGACCACUGCGGGAUGACGCCACUGCACGCUGCAGCAGUAACAGGACACAAACACAUCGUCGAAUACUUCAUUAAUAUGCCACAUUUGGUUAGUCGCAAAGAACGUAUAGACGCAUUGGAACUUUUGGGUGCUACGUACGUGGAUAAAAAGAGAGACAUGAGGGGCGCUUAUGAGCUUUGGAAGCGAGCGAUGGAUGAAAGAUACCAUCCAGGCCUUCCACCAAUACCGAAACCACCGCCACAACCUCCUAUAGCUGCCUACAACUACGUAAGAGAGGUUUCUGAUCCCGAAGAGUUAAACGAAUUAAACGAUCUAGACGAAAUGCGAAUGCAGGCGCUUGUAAUUCGUGAACGAAUAUUGGGUCCGGCUCACCCUGACACUCAUUAUUACAUUCGCUACAGAGGAGCGGUUUACGCUGAUGGCGGACAGUAUAGCCGUUGCAUUGAACUCUGGAACUAUGCCUUGGACAUGCAACAAAGUAUAUUGGAACCAUUGGAUCCUUUGACUCAGAGUUCACUUACCAGCUUCAUUCAGCUUUUCAGUUUCAUGAUAAGCCGACAGACAAGUACAGAACAUAAGGUGCCACCGGUUCAAAGAGAAGACAUUCUUAGGGUGUUUAAGAAAGCUGUUAUGGAAGUAGAAUUAGGAAAAAAAUUAUUAUACAAAGUUUACCUGGGUGAUCUGAAGCAUUUUACUAAAGUUUUUACCAUCGCUAUAGAUCUUGCAUGUUUAUUAACUCGUGAACUACCGGAAGAAGGUUCUGACGAAUAUAUCGCUGUGCACAAAGCGAUUUAUGAAUUAGUUCGAAUAAAUGCCAAAGGCAAACGUAUUCUCCAUAUGUUGUACUUGAUUAAUAGUGAAGAAACCGCUGUAGCCGGCAAGUACUCGACUUCCAAGUUUCUGUCCCCAAAUUUGGCAACGGCUCUUAUAAAAGUUGGCGCUGAUGUUAAUUCAACAGACUUCGACGGGAACACACCAUUACAUCUUGCUGCUCUAUCACAGAUGUGGCAGCGGGACGUUGUUAUCGCUCUACUCGAGGCUGGGGCUCAUAUAGAUGCUGUUAACAACGACGAUGAAUCCUUCGAAACGUUGUUACGCAACAAACACUUAUAUCACUCUGUGAAUCCGGUAAAAUACACCACGCUCGCUUGUUUGGCGGCCAGAGUAGUUAAGAAAACGUAUAGUGUAGACCAAAUUCCGAAGCAUCUCCAAUCGUUCGUUGAAAUGCAUUAAUGAUGUUCAUUAAGUACGCAGCACUGAAAAUGUCACGCUGUUGUUUGUGAUACAACAAAAGAAUUGAAUUUGUUUACUAAAGAUGAAAGAGUUGACGAUAACAUUUUGCAUCCUGUCAAAUAGUAAACCUAUGCUAGAAUAUGUUUCUGAAUGGGAAAGUGUCAAACCUACCUUAAGAGACCUAAUAUUCAUGUGAUAAUACGGUUAAAAACGGUUCACUUAAUAUAGAACAUGCUCCUAGAGACAUCUCUUUGAAUACGGAUUUCAAUUAGUAAAAAUCAUCGUCGCACCGAGUCUGUUUUUCAAUAAUGCGAAUAUCGCUUCAUGUUCGCAGAAACUUACAGUGAAUGUACUAAUGAUAUAAUAAAUGUGAGAUACUUGUUGAGUAACGUUUUUAAAGUGUAGAAUUUAUUAUAAAAAAUGUCCUCGUAAAUUGGUGCGCAAUAGUGGUAAAUAUUGAAAUCUUGGAAAUAGAGAGUCUGAGAGAGUAUUUUACUGGCAUCGAUUGUAAUGGCUUAGAAAUAUUGAUCAAUGUGAUUUUAUUAUUGUAUACUUGGCUAACAGUCAUUCCCUUAUACAUAAACCCCAUACGAGCCAUAAUAUACACAUCACGUUGAUACUAUUUAGUUAUUAAUAUAAAUGUAUGUUAAAUCGAAGGAAAUUAUGUACUUGUAAAAAAAACAAUCAGUUUUAUUUUCAACGCUAUCUGAAAAAAUAAAACAGGUAUAAGAUCGUAUAAAAUACACCUGUUUUUCGUAUAAAACGAAUUAGUUCUUCGUGCGAAAAUAAAGCAUGCAACUCUUGUGUUGCGAACUGUGAAAUAUGAAUUAUAAUUAAAUAAUAUUUUUUGUAAACUCCACGAAGUUUUCAAUUGUUAGGUGAGCGUACGCGUAUACUGUUUCUGUCAGAAACGGUUGGAAAGUCGUUUAAGUUAUUUUUUUUUAACUGUUUAUUAUUUUAAGAGUUUCAGAGUUAUAUGUACAUAUUAUGAUUCAUAUGUGCAGUUUGUUUGUGAACGAUUCAGUGGCAUCGAUCCUUAACUUUAAUUUUAUUAAAAAUGUGAUAAACAUACAUAUAGCUUAUGAAUAUUAAACAGAAUUCUAUACAUUUACAUAAGAAUCAUGAUAGGCGAGUUGUUUAUAAGUAAGCUGUUUUUUAAAAUAGUCACACAUUUGUACUACAGGAUAAAUAACACUAUUAUGGAAAAAUCGCAAUUGAAAUGAGAAGAGUACAGGAUUUCAGUGAUAAUUUUUUGUUCAGUUUAAUAAUUUUAUACUCUUUAGAAAUAUUUGCGUCGUCAUAAUCACAUACACAAGUAUUUCUCUACAAAAAAAAAUAUUUUAUGUUCAAGCCACCUAGUGUAACUGUUUUAUAAUGUAAAGACUGUGAAAAUACAGGUGUAAUUAAUAGUAUAUCAACAUGUUUAUUUAUUCUUAUAUAUUUACUAAUACAGUACUGUUUGCUACUCUAUAAAAGUUAA